UUGGCAACUUCACUCCGCAUACAUCAUCCAUGAUGAAGUUCCUACGCACCGCCAGCCUGGUCGCAUUUGCACUAUCCGCCGCCGUUUCCGCCGCAGACCAAUGGACAUUCACAGAUGGAUCGCUGAGCGUGGCUCAAAAGGGCAGUGAAGCCACCAAGCACAAACUCGAGGCCGGUGGCAAUCCCUCCGCCGUCACGAUCUCCUCCUCCGACACGCUGAAGAUCGCCCUCACAGCAAAAGAUGGAAAGACGGGCAAGAGACCACACCAGGCAUUCCUCACGCUCCAAGACCCCGCAGCAGGAUUAGAGGAGUCAUUCGCAUUCAAUGUGCGGGAGAAUGGCAAGGCAAAGCUGGACAUUUCCCACAAAGACCUCCCCUUCCAAUUUCUCUCCGGCGCCCAACCACUCAAAGCCUUCAUCGUUCUCGGCUCCUUUGGCUCCUCAACACCAUUCAAAGAGAUGAACUUCGACAUCAACAUCGUCCCCGACGCCAGCUCGCCCAAAGCCAAUCAACCCCGACCCGAGCGCUACGAACCCAAACCCGAAAUCCACCACAUCUUCAAAGACGAUCCUAAGUCGCCGCCCAAGGCCAUCAGCUUGGUAUUCACGCUCGCCGUUCUGGUUUCGCUGCCUGCUCUGUUUGGUGCGUGGCUGCUGUUGGGCGGAAAUUUGGGUCAUUUGGGCAAGGCUUUCGGCGCGAAGCCAGUUGCACACGGGUUGUUCUUCGGAAGCAUCAUUGCGAUCGAGGGUGUGUUCGCCCUAUACUACGCGAGCUGGAACUUGUUCCAGACGCUGCCGGUCGCCGGUGUGCUCGGCGUUGUAGCUUUCGUCAGUGGGAGCCGCGCGUUGACCGAGGUGCAAGAGAGGCGGUUGACUGGGCAGAGAUGAGAAAAGCUGGAUUCAUACACCAGAAAGACAAGAUAGCUGUAGAGCAGAUAAAAUGUGUACUAUCAGGC